AUGGAUGAAGGCAUUGACUAUAAAGCCUUGUAUGAGGCAGAGAGGCGCCACAGUGGUGCUCUGCAAAUUGCACUACGCAAUGGUUGGGGCACCAACUACGGUCCCCCGCAGACUGACGAUCCAUCGCAGUUGAAGGCUUUCGUUACCAAUUCAAAGAAUGUGCUCGCAGAUGUGGAAAGGAAGCUGGCGUUCAUGAAAGCACAAGAACUUGAGCGUUCGGUCAUCUUCUGCUUCUAUGAGGAUGGGUGGAGUGCUGGUCGGAUGUUCGGGACCGCAGUUGUCUAUCCGGAACCUGGUGACACGAUCCUCCGAGUGAAGGAGCGCAUUUGCAGCAUCUUAUCUCUCCAGGGGCUUUGGCCAAUGCCCGGCUAUGACCACGACGUGUGCUUUUCUGUCGCUGGGUGCCCCGAGAUGGACAGGACUUCCUGGCCGGAGGCGCCGCAGCCUCGUGACGACCAAGAAGCCUCGACGUUGCCCCAGUUCUGUGCAGCAUAUGUGCACCGUUGUUAG